AUGCGAACCGCAGAGUGUGGAAGCAAUGCCUUGGAAGAACCUUUGUUUGUCGGUUGGCCAGUUCUCUCUCCCACUCUCCUCGGCUCAGGUGUGCGUGCGCGCAGUGAAGUUUGCGCUCAGGUGUACGAAGAUGAAGCGCUGAGAUACGACACUUCCCCCUGCGUGAGGCUCCAGCAGCAGUGCUCACCCACCCAUCCCCACCUACGCACCCCGUCCCCCGAUGCUGCUCAGCCCUGCCACGCGGCUGUCACACGCCUCACCGAGACAGUGUACGCGCUAACACCCUCCAGCGUGCGCAUCUGGUGCUGGCAGCCAAUCCUACGCGUGCUGAGAGGAGGCAAGUUCUGGUGUUAA